CGAAAAUGUUCGAGACCAAUCGCGACGACUUCGCCGUUCAUAUAAAAGCACCUCAUUUCGGCGGUCGAAUCAGUUGAUUUGAAAACUGCGAGAAGUGAACAUUCAUUCACAAAACGCAAACGAGCAACAAAGUCUUAGUAUCUGUUGAUACAUACAAAGUAUACAAUAUAUCUACAGUGCUUAGAGAAUUUCGAAGUGAAUCUAGACUAUAUUAAAGUAUCAAAAUGGUGAAAGUUCCAGCAAUUGGUAUCGAUUUGGGAACAACUUAUUCCUGCGUUGGUGUGUGGCAACAAGGGAAAGUGGAAAUCAUCGCCAACGACCAGGGCAACAGGACGACACCCAGCUAUGUUGCCUUCACAGAUACAGAGCGUCUUCUCGGAGACGCUGCCAAGAAUCAGGUGGCCAUGAAUCCCAGCAACACCGUCUUCGAUGCCAAACGGCUGAUCGGCCGCAAGUUCGAUGAUCCAAAGAUCCAACAGGACAUCCAGCACUGGCCCUUCAAAGUUGUCAACGAUUGCGGCAAGCCGAAAAUCCAAGUAGUCUUCAAAGGCGAGAGAAAAACGUUUGCUCCCGAAGAAGUGAGUUCGAUGGUGUUGACGAAAAUGAAGGAAACAGCAGAGGCUUAUCUAGGCAUGCCCAUCAAAGAUGCAGUCGUUACAGUGCCAGCCUACUUCAACGAUUCCCAGAGACAGGCGACCAAAGAUGCAGGUGCCAUCGCUGGACUGAACGUGAUGAGGAUCAUAAACGAGCCCACUGCAGCAGCCCUAGCUUAUGGCCUGGACAAAAACUUGAAAGGUGAAAGGAAUGUGCUCAUUUUCGACCUGGGUGGAGGUACCUUUGAUGUCUCCAUAUUGACCAUCGACGAAGGGUCUUUGUUCGAGGUGAGAGCGACAGCUGGGGACACCCAUCUCGGUGGAGAGGACUUCGAUAACCGCCUAGUCAAUCAUCUGGCAGACGAAUUCAAGAGGAAGUUCAGGAAGGAUUUGAGAAGCAACCCCAGAGCGUUACGUCGCCUACGGACAGCAGCUGAAAGAGCCAAGCGAACACUAUCAUCCAGCACAGAGGCUACAAUAGAAAUUGAUGCGCUCUUUGAAGGCACAGAUUUCUAUACCAAACUCAGCAGAGCCAGGUUCGAAGAACUGUGCUCUGAUUUGUUCAGAGGGACUCUAGAGCCAGUCGAGAAAGCACUGAACGAUGCUAAAAUGGAUAAGGGGCAAAUACACGAUGUUGUUUUAGUAGGAGGUUCCACUAGAAUCCCCAAAAUCCAACAGCUCCUCCAGAAUUACUUCAGCGGAAAACCGUUGAACCUCUCCAUCAAUCCAGACGAAGCUGUAGCUUACGGUGCAGCAGUACAAGCCGCCGUUCUUAGCGGAGAAACUGAUUCCAAAAUCCAAGAUGUCCUGUUAGUUGACGUAACACCGCUGUCCCUUGGCAUAGAAACGGCAGGAGGAGUCAUGACUAAGAUUAUCGAACGCAAUUCCAGGAUACCUUGCAAACAGUCUCAGACUUUUACCACUUACGCAGACAACCAGCCAGCUGUAACUAUCCAAGUGUUUGAAGGAGAGAGGGCGAUGACGAAAAACAACAAUCUCCUGGGAACAUUCGACUUGACCGGUAUACCACCUGCACCUCGCGGUGUUCCCAAGAUUGAAGUGGCUUUCGAUCUGGACGCCAACGGCAUCUUGAACGUAUCGGCCAAAGACACCAGCUCCGGUAACUCCAAAAACAUCACCAUCAAGAACGACAAAGGAAGGUUGUCUCAGAAAGACAUUGACCGGAUGGUCUCCGAAGCUGAGCAAUACAAGGAAGAGGACGAACGUCAAAGGCAGCGCAUAGCAGCAAGAAACCAGUUGGAGGGUUAUGUCUUCCAGGUCAAGCAAGCUGUGCAGGAUUGUGGAGAUAAGCUGUCAGCUGAUGACAAGUCAACUGUUGAAGGAGAAUGUGAAGACUGCCUGAGAUGGCUGGACAGCAGUUCGUUGGCCGAGAAGGAGGAGUACGAGGAAAAACAGAAGCAACUGACUCGUAUCUGCAGCCCGAUAAUGAGCAAAUUGUAUGGCGGAGAUUCCCAGAAUAACCAUCAGCCUGGUGGAAUGCCUGGACCUGGAAGUUGUGGUCAGCAAGCAGGUGGAUUCGCGGGAAGACAAGGACCAACGAUUGAAGAAGUUGAUUAAUUAUUUGAAAAGUUUGAAUGAUUUUGUACAAAGUAUUAUACGAGGGGUAAAUCACAUGGGAAGUCCGGUGUACCCUAGACGGGAAUUCCUUGGGAAGUCUGGGAAUUCUUCGGGAAGUCCGGGAAUUCUUUGGGAAUUCCUUGGGAAGUCCGGGAAUUCUUUGGGAAGUCCAGGAAUUCCUUGGGAAGUCCGGGAAUUCCUGAGGAAGUCCGGGUAUUCUUUGGGAAGUCCGAGGAAUUCUUUGGGUAUUCUUUGUGAAUAACUUGGUAGUCCCAGCAAUUUUUAGAAAAUUGAAGUCAAAUUUCUCAACGAUGUUCAGAUAUGAAAAUGAAUUUUGCGCAAAGAAAACAUAUAUGGACUGCACAGUUUUUUGUUUCAAGACCUACUUUGUUGAUUUUUUUUUGACGGAGAGGUACCGCGAGCACCGAGAGUACCUUGUCCCACUUAGAAUAUCAUAUGUUAGUCGAAUUUUCAUUCUCUUCAAGGUUUCCCGUUGGAAUCCUGUUAAUUAUUCGGAAAGAUGAGAAGAUCGAGAAAAAUUUAUUUUUUAUUGAACAUUUUGAGUUCUGUCUGGCGAUCGAUUUUUCGACGACUUCCCGAUAUUCAAUCAUGCUGAAAUUUUACACAUAUCUUUUGGUCUGGUCAAUAUGGGUAUUAUCAGAUUCAAUACGGUUAUUAUAAAGUAGAAUACAAUUUAUAACAAAGCUUGAAAUCCAAUGUGGCCGCCGACAAAAAAUUUCUUUUUUAUACGAGUGUGCGGAAAGUUACUUUACCCCACUAGUGCUGAAAAGUUACUUUUCGCCACGAUUCUUGUAUUGUUGAAAAUGGGGAUAUUUAUGACUAACUAAAUGAUCUAUGUAACUAUUAAAAUCUUGUUUAUUAAAAACUUUUUUUUUCUCAAAUAAUAAUAAUAUGGACAAAAACACUCGUGGAAAAACAUUAUACCUUACUCUUCUUGCGGCAAAUGUCUUUUCCACAAUUGACGGCUUGCCCGAACUCCGCCCCGCGUCG